GAAAUUGAAAGGCGCCAUUUGCUAGUAGGACGGCGCGGGGCAGCUCGAGCAGAAGGAGUUGAAUAACAAUAAAACGGGGGCGAAAACGCAGGAUUCCGCACCGCAAAACAGUCGCGAUCCAUCCGAAUGGAGGCAGCCAUCAGCCCGUCUCUUGACAGCAGCUCUGUGGGAGUGAGCCUGUCUGUCAUGAGUGGGAUGGAGCAGAGCUCGGGCAAGCGUAUUCGGAAACCUUCGCUGCUCUACGAGGGCUUCGAGAGUCCGUCUCUGCCCCACGCGCCUCCGCCCGGACCUCCUCCGCCCCAGCAGCCCCCAGUGAAAGACCCCAGCCGACAGGGGCGCACCACCAAUCAGCUGCAGUUCCUCCACAAGGUCUUGGUGAAAGCGCUGUGGCGGCAUCAUUUCGCAUGGCCUUUCCAUGAACCCGUGGACGCGGUCCGACUCAACCUACCUGACUACCAUAAGAUCAUUAAACAGCCGAUGGACAUGGGCUCAAUCAAGAAACGUCUGGAGAAUAACUACUACCGCAGCGCCAGCGAAUGCUUGCAGGACUUCAAUACCAUGUUCACUAACUGUUACAUCUACAAUAAGCCUACAGAUGACAUUGUGCUGAUGGCACAGUCUCUGGAGAAGGUCUUCUUACAGAAGGUUGCCCAAAUGCCCCAGGACGAGAUCGAGUUUCUCCCUCCUACUCCGAGAGGUAGAGGAGCAAAAACCAUCAAAGGCCGUAAAAGCAGAGGAGGAGGAAGUGUUAUGACGGCUCACCAGGUGCCUGCCGUGUCUCAGUCGGCGUACUCUCCUUCCUCACCCGAGACGCCAGAUUCACGGUUUUCCACCCCUCCACAGACCCUGCUGAGCAACACCGGCCCUCCUCCGCCGCUGAUGACCCCUCCACCCAUUCAACCCACUGCAAAGAAGAAGGGCGUGAAGCGUAAAGCCGACACCACCACUCCCACUACGCUCGGCUUCCCCGUGACUGCGGCUGCUCGGAUGGGAGGCAUGGGAAAAGGUCACGGAUCGGCCGGAGAGAUGCCCCACUCUCUGUCCUCCAUGCCUGUUGAUUGUUCUCCCAGUAUGGGCGUGAACGAGCCCGCCCACCUCCAGCCCGUUUUGGGACGGCCGCUGUCUCGUCGUCCAAUCAAACCUCCGCGCAAGGACCUGCCCGAAUCCGUGCGGCCCCAUCAGCCCUCGCGGCGGGGGAAACUAAGCAAGCAGCUUCGCUACUGCAGCGGCGUCCUUAAAGAACUGCUGUCCAAAAAACACGCAGCGUACGCCUGGCCCUUCUACAAACCCGUGGACGCUUCAACGCUGGGCCUGCACGACUACCACGACAUCAUCAAACACCCCAUGGACCUCAGCACCAUCAAGAGGAAGAUGGAUGAGCGCGAGUACAGAGAUGCCCAGCAGUUCAGCGCUGAUGUCAGACUCAUGUUCUCCAACUGCUACAAGUACAAUCCUCCAGAUCAUGAUGUGGUCUCCAUGGCACGAAAACUGCAGGACGUGUUUGAGUUUCGCUUUGCAAAAAUGCCUGACGAGGUUUCGGAGGAAGAGGAAUUGUCUCCCAUGCCACUGGGACGGAACAUGGGCAUGCUGGGAAUGCACCACUCCUCCUCUUCAUCAUCCUCUUCCUCCUCUUCAUCCUCCUCUUCCUCUUCGUCAGAGAGCGAGCCGAGCAGCGACAGCGAGCCGAGCAGCGACAGCAGCCCGAGCUCGGACAGCGAGGAGGAGAGAGCUCAACGCCUGGCCCAACUACAGGACCAGGUGUGUACUCAGCUCAGAGCGGUGCACGAGCAGCUGGCCGCCCUCUCCUCUGGCCCGAUUGUCAAACCCAAAAGGAAACGAGAGAAAAAGAAGGACAAGAAGAAGAAAAAGAAGCCUGAGAAGCGCAGAGGAAGUCGAAGUUUGAGUGAUGAGCGGGACAAAAUGCCUAAAAGCAAAUCGAGCCGAGCUUCACUGUCAUCCACACAGAGCAAGAAAGGCCCGGCCAAGAAAAGCAGCAAGAACAAGAACACUAAGAAAUCAGCCUCAUCUUCUCGUUUUGCGGCCGCCGCUGCCGCCACCGCCGCCGUCUCCUUGCCUCACUACGACUCUGAGGAAGAAGAGGACGGCCUUCCCAUGAGUUACGACGACAAGCGGCAGCUCAGCCUGGAUAUCAACAAGCUGCCCGGGGAGAAACUGGGGCGCGUGGUGCACAUCAUCCAGUCGCGGGAGCCCUCGCUGCGCGACACCAACCCUGAGGAGAUCGAAAUCGAUUUUGAAACGCUGAAGCCGUCCACGCUGCGAGAGCUGGAACGUUAUGUUAUGACCUGUCUGCGCAAGAAGCCCCGCAAACCGUAUGGUGAGCUGAGAUUUAAUGCUUUCGUGAAGAAGGGAGGAGGCGGAAAGAGCCGAGAGGAACUGGCUCUGGAGAAGAAGAAAGAACUGGAGAGGAGAUUGCAGGAUGUGAGCGGGCAGCUGAACUCUGGCAAGAAACCCCAGAAACCCAAAGUAGAGAAGCCCAGCGGCGUGGAUCCUCACACGAUGGCGUCACGCCUCAGCGCCAGCAGCUCCAGCUCAGACUCUUCCUCCUCGUCCUCCUCGUCCUCCUCAUCUGACUCCAGUGACUCUGACUCCAGGUGAAGGGGACGUCUGGAAGGCACAGGAAGUGGUUUCUCCACGGCCGUGGGCCUCCGUACACGCGUGUUGUUUUCCGUGCCUCCUGAUCCCAGGAACUCUGUGCUUACUGUUUACUUCAGUGUAAAAAGAUGUAUAUACUGUGUAGGAUGAUUUUUUUUCUUUUAUAAAGAAGACUUUUACCAAAAAGCCCAUAAUGGGAAACUCAGAUGAGAGUGUGUAUUCAUAACUACUUUUCUUAGUUGACUGCUUGUUGUUUUGUUUUGCUUCCAUUUUAUUUACUUCUCUCUGCAUUGCUUUAAAUAUCAGGGCCAGUAUUUGGAUGUCAUUAUGAGCAACCAAAACAUGCAUGAAGGUUUAUAAAGGACCUUCAGAAGGGAUUUCAUGGGCGGAAGAAAUUACGAACUACUUUGGGUUCCUGUGCUACAAUGCAAUGGGUGUUCGUUGUGUAUGUACAGUAUGAAAGAAUAAUUCAAGCAGUUCAGUAACUCUCCGUACGGCUUUGCAAACUGCUCUCUAGCUACAUUUUGAUAUUGCUUUGAUCUGCAAGAAAGUGAUUUUAUCUUAUUUUUUUACACGGUCAAAUCAAUGUUAAAUUACACAUUUUGUCCAAAAAAAAAAAAAUUAUCUGUGAAAUUGUAGUGACGAUGCAUUGAUCUCUUGCAUUAAUAACAGCCAUAAUGCCUCACUGGACUGGAGGAGAUGGACUGGAUUUGUUCUUGAGCACUAGAGGAAAGCUACUAGGUUCAGUGGUUUGAAUUAGCUAUUUAAGUUUAACGUUAACUUGGGCGUUGAUCUGGUUUGUAGUGGAAGACUAUAGAGGCGUCGCAUUUAAGCAAUAGAACCCUGAUUUAUGUCCUGUAUAUAGACUCCAAAAUCCUGGUUUCGCUUCUUUCUUUCUAUGCAUUGCUUUAAUCUCUCUUUUCUAGAAUAUUCUUUUUGAAUAUAUAAGACAACUGGCAGAUCAUUGUGACAUAAUAUUCCUUAUCUGCAGUAUAAUUAAGAGUUUAUGCACUCCAGAUUAUACGUUGGUUUUUAUUUGGAUGGAAAUACAAAUACAACAAGUGAACCGUGUGAUGUGGUGUUUAUUUAAUAUUUUAUU